AGGUUUUCAAAGAGGAUUUAUUCAAAGUUAUAUACCUUUUGGUAAUAACAAUUAUUUCAUAUAUGGCAAUCAGAAUUUAUUACAAAUGUAUCAACAAGGACCAAUGAGACAGGAGCUUCAAUCCCCUGGAAUGAUUGCAUAUGGGCUCCCUCCUUCUAUAAUUAGAUAUGGAUCAUCGCCACAUAUGAUUGCUUACGGACCAUAUCCUAAUAUGAUUGGUUACGGACCAUAUCCUAAUAUGAUUGGUUACGGACCAUAGCCUAAUAUGAUCGGUUACGGUCCAAAUCCUAAUAUAAUUAAUUAUGGACCACCUCCUAAUAUGGUUGGCUUUUGGCAACCAGCAGAAAUGGUUGUUCAUGAAUCGCAACCAGGAAUGUAUUAUGAGCAGUCAGAGCAGCAGCUGCAGCAAGGACCGCAGCAAGAAUUAUCUGAAAUUGAGCCGCCAAUUGAAGUAAUUGAAUAUCAGCAGAAACCACAGAUUCCUGGUAAUGAGUCUUCUGCUCAGAAUACUUCAACAGAAGAACAAGAUUCGAAUCUGUUAUUACAAACGGACAACUUUUUAUCAGAUCCGAAUUAUCUGCCUCGUAAUGAUCUGGAGAACGUGUUGGCCAGGGCAACACAUUCUCCAGAUCUGUCUCCAAUUGAUAAUAUCUGGUCAAUGGUUGCUGAGAAACUGGCACACCACCACUCUCCAGCUAGUAUGAUAGAUGACUCUGGUAGAGUUGAAGCUGUGUGGACUGCUUUACCUGUAACUCUGUUCGACUCAAUGCCCAUCCAGAUUACAGCUGUUAUUGCUGCCAGGAGCGGCUGCUCUAGGUACUAA